AUGGAUCCUGAAUGGGAGUGGUUCUGUGGGAUAAAUUCCUCAUAUACUAACGAGUCUUUAGACUGGUACCACAAUGUACGAAACAACACGUGUUUAGUGAACGGAGUAGGGAGCAUAUCUCAUGGUAUAUUCAUCAUCCUCUUCUCACUUAUUCUCCUGGUGGUUGGAUGCUGCACAAAGUAUCGUCAAGUCAACACUAAACAUCUACUUGUGUAUCCUGGCCAUAGCAUAAGAUGGCUCAUAUCAGCAUUACUCCUGGUGAUCAUUCUUGCAUCCAUUGGUGAGGGCGUCAUGACUGAUGAGACAUACCAAGUCUUGAAUCAACCCACUCAGCCUCAUCUCUACGUUCACAGUGUCUUGAGCUUCAUAGCAGUCUUGGUGUCCCUCAUCUAUUAUCAUCACAUGGAACUAUGGCAGAUACCGAUCCUGUCUCUGUUUAUGUUUCUGUUCUGGAUAUGUUCACUAGCCUCUGACGUCAUCCGUAUACUGAGCUUAGAAUUUCAAGAGCAGUCUGAUGUACAUAUUCUUAUUUUUGAUAUAACCAUCAUAAAGAUUGCUAUGUAUGUCGUCUUGAUUCUUGUGGAAGCCAACGUCAUUAGAAAGAAGUUCUUCUGCCACAAGAAAGCUGAGUUCCCGAGUGAUUUGAAGAAACCUGAGGUGCUUUACAUGCAGUCUUAUGUCAGUCUAUUCUCCAGCUUGACGUAUUGGUGGGCAAACUGGCUCCUCAACCUCGGAUAUAAGAAACAUCUUGAGCUUAGUGACCUCGGUGUACCAUCCAAACAACAUGAAGCCAAGUUCAACCAUGAGAGAUUUAGAAAUGCAUUCCGGGAAGAAACGGAUAAAGCAAAGAUAAAGGGAAAAGAAGCGUCACUUCUCAAGGUUUAUGUCAAGAUUUAUGGCAGACGGCUGUUUGGUGCAGCGAUUCUCAAACUCAUUGGUGAAAUGGUUGCUUUUAUCGGGCCUCUAGCGGUUGGCGCUCUGACUGCCUAUGUUAUGACUCUCAGUUCACCAACCAUCAAAUCAGACGCACACCUUAUCACAGUGGAAGAGUUCUUUCAGAAUGGAUUUGUUUUAGUUAUCGUCAUGUUUCUAUCUGCUGUGGUGAACUUACUCUGUCUUCAAACUCACUACUUCAUUGGUAUUAUUGAAGGACUCAAUGUUAGGGCAGCCAUACAGGCCAUGGUUUAUGAGAAAUCACUUCGUCUCUCUACUGUUGCCACUACGGGUGGUAAGAUGGACAUGGGACAGAUCACAAAUCAUAUGUCAGUCGAUCCUACAGCACUAUUCUUCAUGUUUCAAAUGGUCAACAACUUAUGGGCCAUUCCAGUACAGCUUAUUGUAAACCUGGUGCUUCUUUACGCCCAGCUGGGCUACGCCGCACUGAUUGGUGCAAGUGUGUUUGUGGUUAUUAGUCCUAUCCAAUUCAAAGUGGCUGCUUUAAUUGGAAAGCAACAGAAGAAACUACUGAAACUAUCUGACGAACGGCUGAAGAAAACGAAUGAAUUACUUCAAGGUAUCAAGCUACUGAAGUUAUACGCGUGGGAAGGACUGUACUGUAAAGCCAUUGAGAUCAUCAGAGCUAAAGAACUAAUACAAAUCCUGAAGGUUCAUGCUGGAUUUGUAACUACAGUUUCGUUUACGAUUCUAACGCCUACUUUGGCAACAGUUCUGGGAUUCGGAACCUACACCGCCCUCACCGGUCUACCUUUGACCCCCGAUAUAACCUUUUCAUCGCUAGCAUUGUUCAAUAGACUAUCUAUGCCGUUAAUGAUGCUGCCUAUGAGUUUACUCUAUUUCAUUAACGGUAUCGUCAGCACUAAAAGAAUUCAGAAGUUUUUAGCAGCCCCGGAGGUUGAAGACGACUCUGUGACUGAUCACACAAAUGGCGUCACCUCUGAGACAGAACGGACACGCCCCCAGAGUCCAGAAAGCUUCACAAUUGCAACCAGUGAAAGCGAAUGCGAGGAAGAGGUUUUGUUUACAGAGAAAUCAGGUUUACUUGGAAAUACGAAUCUUAAAUAUGGAUCAAGAGCUUCUAGACAUCUGACACAAAAUGGUUCAACUAAACCAUUGAAGCAUGGAGUAGCAGUUCAGAUAUCCAACGGCAAUUUCCUAUGGGAUCCAGAGUCAGAGAACGUUGUGCUUUCAGAUAUCAACGUGGAGAUACCAGAAGGGAAACUGACGAUUAUUACGGGUCAGGUUGGGACUGGUAAAUCGUCUUUAGUGUCCGCCAUUUUGGGUGAAAUGACUACUGUGUCUGGAUCGGUUCAAAUAAGAAAGAGAAAUAGCAUAGCCUUUGCUGCUCAGAAACCUUGGCUACUCAACACAACUCUCAUGGAAAACGUACUCUUCUCAGCACCAUUGGAUUCCAAAAGGUAUAAACGAGUGAUAGAUGCUUGUGCCUUGCGACCAGACAUUGAUAUCUUACCAGCCGGAGACCAGACUGAGAUUGGUGAGAAAGGAAUCAACCUAAGUGGUGGACAGAAGCAGCGAAUCAGCGUGGCUAGAACCAUGUACUCGGAUCGAGAUGUCAUUUUACUGGACGACCCCCUAUCUGCUCUAGAUGUUCAUGUUGGUCGCCAUCUUUUUGAGAAGGGUAUCAUCAAAUGGCUAGUCAACCAUCGACACACUGUCAUCUUGGUCACUCAUCAACUACAGUAUCUUAACAGAGCAGACUUGAUAAUAGAAAUGAAAGAUGGUCGGAUAGCUGCCCAAGGUACAUUAGAUGACGUCAUUGCUGCUGAUCCUGAUAUGUAUAGUGAGUACAACAAGGCUAUAGAACUAGCCAGCGAGUCGGAAGCCGAGUUGGAACAGUCUGGUUACGAAUCAGAGUCAGUGAAGGAGGAGAGAGCACAACUCCAACAGCAAGUCAAGACUGCCAUCCUGACAAAACAAAUAUCCAAAGAGCCAGGGAGGAACGGAGGAACGUCUGGAGCACUGAUGGAGAAAGAAGAGAUGGAACGAGGCUCUGUUUCUUACACUGUGUACAUGUAUUACGCAGUCAAUGCUGGAUGGUUCCUUCUAUUGCUUAGCUUCAUCAUGUCUAUUAUUAACACUGGAUUAUCAAUUGGGAACAACUUCUGGCUGUCUGCUUGGUCUGAGGCGGGACUGGGCUUAAAUGAGACGGAGCAGUACAACAAGGUGUUCAAUGAUUACUUCGGUGGUUAUGUUGGUUUAUCCGCUGGCUAUUUGGUAUUCAGAGUACUCACAUCAUUGACUCUUGUUGGAGUCAUUUUAAGAGCAGCCAAGAGACUACAUCAGAAUGUACUCCGUAACAUCAUCAAGGUACCAUUGAGGUUUUUCGAUACUACGCCUAUUGGUCGAGUUCUUAAUCGAUUCUCGAAUGACACCCAGUUAAUCGACGCGCGUUUGACUCCAACAAUCAACAUGCUACUAAACAGUUUAUUGAAGAUCGUCUCAGCAGUGGUUGUCAACACUAUCAUAGUACCACUAUUCAUUGUGUUCUUUAUUCCUAUUGCCAUUGGCUACUACGUCUUACAGAGGUACUUCUUGGCAACAUCAAGGGAGUUACAGCGAUUAGACAGUGUCAGCAAAUCUCCAGUCUUUGCUUACUUCUCGGAAAGUAUUGGAGGACUCACGACAAUUCGAGCAUUUCGGUCGGGUAGUCGUUUCUACAAGACCAUCAUACAUCGAAUUAAUGCCAAUUUAUCUGCAUUCCUGUAUCUACAAGUAGUCAACCGAUGGCUUGCUGUACGGCUAGACUUCAUUGGUGCAUUGGUAGUUCUUAUAGCAGGUAUGACGACACUGGUCGGUGCGUUAACUGGUGGUUUAAGCCCAAGCUUAGUUGGGUUGGCAGUCACAUACACGCUACAGAUUGCAGGUUUCUUGAAUUUCUUCGUAAGAACUGUAGCAGAUCUAGAGAUGAACAUGAACGCAGUGGAACGUAUCAAGUACUACACCAAUGUCGAAAACGAGCCUUAUAAAGGAAAAGACCCCCCGCCAGGUUGGCCAAGACGCGGGAAAAUCCAACUGGACAACAUGUCAGUGCGGUAUGCCCGAGAUACCGACCCAGUAUUGCGUGACGUCACGGUCACGUUUCGGCCCGGUCAUAAGAUUGGCAUUUGUGGACGUACAGGAGCUGGCAAGUCGUCUCUCACAUUGGCUUUACUUCGAGUCAUUGAUAUCUAUAAAGGUCGAGUCUUAAUCGAUGGAGUCGACAUCAAGUCUAUUCCCCUGACGACCCUCAGGAGUGAGAUUAGCAUUAUUCCACAAGAUCCAGUUCUGUUUACUGGAACAAUCAGAAAGAAUCUCGACCCAGUUGGUCAAGUUAGCGAUGAUGAAGAGCUGUGGGGAGCCUUGGGGAUUGCGCAGCUUAGAGACGUCGUGUCAUCUCUCGAUGGAGGUUUGGAUUCGGCUAUCAGUGAAGGUGGUGAGAAUUUCAGUGUUGGUCAGCGGCAGUUAUUCUGUUUAGCUCGUGCCUUCCUCAGGAAGUCUCGUAUCCUCAUCAUGGAUGAAGCCACUGCCUCAAUUGACCUAGAAACGGACAAAGUUCUUCAGAGUGUGGUGACAAACGCCUUCGCUGAACGUACUGUGCUGACCAUAGCGCAUCGCAUUACGACCAUUUUAAACUCAGAUAGAAUUCUCGUACUUAACGAAGGAAGAGUAGCAGAGUAUGGAACGCCAAAUGAUCUCAUGGAGAAAGAGGGUGGAAUAUUUGCCUCAUUUGUCAGAGACAAGGAUGUGUAAUUGGGCCAAAUAGACCGUGCAAGUCGUGCCCGUAUCCAGAAAAGAACGAACGAAGAGUAUCAUUUUCCUGACAAUACAAUCUACCUCCUGACGUUUUCUUGAAAAUAAAAUUACCCAGACCAAUUUGUUACUAUAAACAAUUUUUAGUUUUGAUACAUUUUGGUAAUUUACUUGAAUCAAAAUAAACACAUGGGACGACACGGAUAGCGUUGAGGAAUGGAUUUACUUAAUUCCAGUCAAUAAUGUGUAAUGUAUUAAAUAUUUUUAGUGGCUGAUUUCCUGUAAAAUCAGCUUCGAAUGUUAUUUUGUAAGAAAUGUAUCAGUCCUUCUAUAUGCCUAUUGUUAAAAAAUGUAACUGUCUCUCAACCACUGAUGGGUAACACACAGCUAACUGUCUCUCAACCACUGAUGGGUAACACACAGCUAACUGUCUCUCAACCACUGAUGGGUAACACACAGCUAACUGUCUCUCAACCACUGAUGGGUAACACACAGCUAACUGUCUCUCAACCACUGAUGGGUAACACACAGCUAACUGUCUCUCAACCACUGAUGGGUAACACACAGCUAACUGUCUCUCAACCACUGAUGGGUAACACACAGCUAACUGUCUCUCAACCACUGAUGGGUAACACACAGCUAACUGUCUCUCAACCACUGAUGGGUAACACACAGCUAACUGUCUCUCAACCACUGAUGGGUAACACACAGCUAACUGUCUCUCAACCACUGAUGGGUAACACACAGCUAACUGUCUCUCAACCACUGAUGGGUAACACACAGCUAACUGUCUUUAAUUAAAAAAUUAGUAAAUGUACUUUACACAUAGUUGGUUAUUUGUGAUGGAUAUGCGUGGCAACCUUUUUCCAAAACAAAAUUGAUCACCUUUCCACCGACUUUUGGUGAAUAAUUUAGGUUAGUAUUGGUCAUUUAAAAAUGAUUGAUGGGUAUCAAUGUUUUUAUGAAUAGAUUGAAAUUUCUAUUGGGGAUAAAGAAUAUUAAAUUUGGUUUUACCCAUAUAAUAAUAUACAACGAUGUAUGUUAGCACUGUGUACUUUCCCGAGCUCGGUGGAACAUAA